AUGAGGACAUUUUUAGACACCAGUCUCCUCUCGUUAAUGUUGUUCUCCUGCUUUAACUCUGAUGUGUCCUCCUCUCUUUAUUCUUCCUCUUGUCAGUUACAGAAACAGUUUGAUCUAAAUGGGAUGAACAAACCUGGAGAUGUGAUUCUUGGUGGAAUUUUCAAACUUCACUUCUUCCCAGUUUAUCCUGACCUGUCUUUUACCUCAGAGCCACAACAACCUUCCUGCUAUGGCUUUAGUGUUGUAGGAUUCAGGCUGGCUCAGACCAUGACCUUUGCUAUUGAUGAGAUCAACAGAAACUCCAACCUGCUGCCUAAUGUGACUCUGGGAUACAGUCUGUAUGAUAACUGUGUCCAACUAGGAAUUUCAUUUCGUGCAGCACUGACCUUAGUCAGUGGUCAAGAAGAGCAAGUUACAUUAGAGGAGAACUGUGUAGGAACUCCUCCAGUCCUAGGGAUUGUGGGUGAAUCUUCCUCGACUCGUACUAUUGCAAUAUCCACAGUCUUAAGUUCGUACAGAGUGCCUCUGGUGAGUUAUUUUGCCACAUGUUCCUGCCUGAGUGAUCGACAAAAGUUUCCAUCUUUCUUUAGGACGAUCCCGAGUGAUGCUUUUCAGGUGAAUGCUAUGAUUCAGAUUCUAAAACACUUUGGUUGGACUUGGGCAGGUCUGAUCAUCAGUGAUAAUGAUUAUGGAGUCCACGCUGCCCGAUCCCUUCACUCUGAUCUGGGUCCAGCUGGUGGAGGUUGUCUGGCUUACACAGAGAUUUUGCCCCGCGUUUACAACCCUGAUGAACUAAAGAGAAUAGUGGAUGUGAUGAGAAAAUCUACAGCUCGAGUUGUUAUUUUGUUUGCACAUGAGAGUCACGUGAUUAACCUCAUGAAAGAGGUGAAUCAGUUUUGGGAACACACAUUUCAGUGUAGAUUUGCACCACCUCCAGCAGGUUGGGUGGAAGCUGGAAGAGAAUUAUGCACUGGACAGGAAGUUAUAGAGAAUGUGGAGACUGAGUUCCUGGAUGUUUCAAACCUCAGACCAGAGUAUAAUGUGUAUAAGGCUGUGUACGCUCUGGCGUAUGCUCUUGAUGACAUGCUGCAGUGUGAGCCAGGGAGAGGACCUUUCAGCAACAACACCUGUGCUCAUUUACAAAGACUGGAGCCAUGGCAGCUUAUGCAUUACUUGGAAAAAGUCAAUUUCACAACAACAUUUGGUGAUCGAGUGUCAUUUGAUGAAAAUGGUGAUGCCUUACCUGUAUAUGACAUCAUGAACUGGGUGUGGCUCCCUGAUGGAAGAACUAAAGUUCAGAGAGUGGGUGAGGUUAAGAGGUUAGCCUUCAAAGGUGAAGAACUCACACUGGAUGAAGGCAAAAUCUUCUGGAACUUUGAAUCCAAACAGCCUCCUCAGUCAGUGUGCAGUGAGAGUUGUCCUCCAGGUACCCGCAUGGCCAGAAAGAAGGGGGAACCUGAGUGUUGUUUUGACUGUGUCCCUUGUUCUGAGGGAAAGAUCAGCAAUACAACUGACUCCAUGGAGUGCACCAGUUGUCCAGAAGAUUUCUGGUCCAGCCCGCAGCGUGACCACUGUGUUCCUAAGAAAACAGAGUUCCUCUCCUACCAUGAACCUCUGGGUAUCUGCUUGACAACCACUUCACUGUUGGGCACAUUUAUCUGUGUUGUUGUUCUGGGCAUCUUCAUCCAUCAUCACAGGACACCUAUAGUUCGUGCCAACAAUUCAGAACUCAGUUUUCUUCUCUUGGUUUCACUCAAAUUGUGUUUCCUAUGCUCGUUGCUCUUCAUUGGACGACCCAGAUUAUGGACUUGCCAAAUAAGACAUGCAGCAUUUGGCGUCAGCUUUGUGCUUUGUGUCUCAUGUAUCCUGGUGAAAACCAUGGUGGUUCUUGCUGUGUUCAGGGCCUCCAAACCAGGAGUUGAGUCCAGUCUCAAGUGGUUUGGUGCUGUGCAGCAGAGAGGGACAGUUCUGGUUCUGACUUCUGUUCAAGCAGCAAUCUGCACUGCCUGGCUUGUCUCUGCUUCACCAAUGCCUCAUAAAAACACCCAGUAUCACAGUGACAAGAUAGUCUAUGAGUGUGCAGUUGGGUCCACAGUUGGUUUUGCAGUUUUACUUGGUUAUAUUGGUUUACUGGCUGUCCUCAGUUGUUUGUUAGCUUUUCUAGCAAGGAAUCUUCCAGACAGUUUCAAUGAGGCCAAACUCAUCACUUUCAGCAUGUUGAUCUUCUGUGCAGUGUGGGUGGCCUUUGUCCCUGCUUACGUCAGCUCACCAGGCAAAUAUGCAGAUGCAGUGGAGGUAUUUGCCAUCCUGGCCUCCAGUUUUGGCCUCUUGACGGCACUGUUUGGACCCAAAUGUUACAUAAUCCUGUUGAGACCAGAGAGAAACACAAAGAAAGCCAUUAUGGGUCGAGGCACUGACACUUAAAACCAGCAAAAUAGAGAAAGUUUUCACAAAACAAUAAUUCAGGUGUAGAAUCUUUUAAUUAUGAUGUUAAUGUUAUGUGAAAAAACGUGAGUGUAAAUACAGUAACUGAUAGUGACUACUUUAUGUACACAUUUAAUGUAGAGUUACAUUAGAGCCAGACAUCUUAGUCUAGACUUGGCAUGUAUUUUUAAUCCAUGACAAAGUCAAAAAGAGAGUCCACAAUUUUUUAUCUCAAUGUGAAUUCUAUUAAACCUAAACUUUUUCCAUUGUGUCUGUGUGAUAUUGAUCCAUACAAGCGCGUUGGGUGAAGAUGACUAUUGUCCUUGGUUUUAAUGCUGAUAGAGAUUAUUGUGCCAAUGCCUUAAUAAAGUAAUUUUUCUUAUUCA